CAUUGAUCUGCCCACAAGAACAAACAUAUCAGUUGCCGUGAAGAGAGAUGUUUCAGAAAACAAACAGUUUCUUUCAUAGAACACUUCACAGUCUCAAGUCCAUUAUUAUCCGAGCAGGUAAGAAACUUCCUAGACCAAAAACUCACUUCUCCUGCACAUUUUGCAGAUCAAAUUCUCUCGAUGGCGACAAUAUCUACGCAAGUUUCCUCAACAUCUGGGAGUCUGAUCUAGAAAACAGCAUUGAAGGUCCAUUAAAGUUGGAGCACAAGGUUCAAGAGCAAGAACAAUAUCAUCAAGUGAAGAAAACAGAAGCUUGCUCUUCGUAUUCAUCAAGAGACUGCGAUACAAUGGAGAAGAAGAUUAACGAGAUGUAUAUGACUGAGACAGUAGAUAUAGAGCAAGCCCUUGACGUUGAAGAGGCACUUCACUACUAUUCUCGUAUUAGCAGUCCCGUGUAUCUCAACAUUGUUGACAAGUUCUUCACGGAUCUCUACUCUUGACCUAUCCUCUCAACAUUGUUGACAAGUUCUUCAUUGAUCUCUACUCUUGACCUAUGCAAAACUCUGAAGCCAUUACAAUCUGUCUUUUCGUAUUGUUGAUCUGUUUUGUUUUUAGUCUUCCUUGUUGUUGUUUAUUUGUUUCAUGUCUUACCAACAUCACUUGAUAGUGACUCGUUCCUCAGUUCCAAGAACUUUUAUGCUGUGUAACGAUGAACAUACUAUUCAUGGCGAUACUGUUUGAAGCUUUCGAUCAUCAGUUGGAGAAUCAUAACUCAUACUUUGAGAUUUACGUUCCCUGAAACCGAUAUGCAAACUUUCAAUUGGAUCAUAG